AUGUGGCAGUACCUCAUUUUCAGCUUUGAGAAAUUAGAAAUCAUGGUGGAAGUUCUCCCGACAGUUGCAGUAACAGUUGCAAUGACCGCCACUGCUGCUCUGAGUGUCAACGGUGUUCUAGUGAGCAAACAAAACUGGUGGUUGACUGGGCCCAUUGCUUUCCUUUCUGUUGCUCAAGUGGGGCUUGCGUUCAGUAAGAUUUUUGCGAAUGAUCUGAAUCUUGAGACCUAUCACCUAUCUCUGACAUGUUUCUAUUUCAACACAGCUAAUGCUGCUGUACUAAUGAACACAAAGACGUUUUUCGAUAUUGCAAAAAAGUUUCAAUGUCUGGCGAUGCCUAAUAACUUCGUUUUCCUGGGCCUCUUUGUUAUUAAUUCCAAAUUUUACUCCAAUUCCGUGCUCGCUACUCUCAACCUUCGCAAUUGGUAUCGGCAUCGAUACGCUGCGGGACAUCGCCCAGUUUUGAUGAUGCCUAGAGCAACGAGCGAUGCAUACAAGGUCCACGGUGAGACUGAGCAACGUUCAAUCUCGAUGCUACCCAACUUCGGCGGUUCUACUCGCAGGAGUUCAAUUUAUAUUGAUCAUAUCGGAGACGAGAACGGUGUAGAGAUGUACAUGGAGCGUCAAGUCGAUCUGGAUACGCCUGAAAGUCAUACUACCAUGACGAAGCAAACGGUGGAGUUGUUUACGCCACGGAACCCUGAUCUCCAACAGUAG